AUGGCACUCUAUGGGUACCUCUCAGACCUACCACAGAGUGUGGAUAUUAGCAGAACGCGGGUCCAGCCAAAGGAUUUGAUCCGUCCAAUAUCAACAGUCUGGAAAGCAUCCCCUCACGGAGCAGAAGAAAGCGAACUAUUCAGAUACUUCAGCGAUAUAGCAUCCUCAUCUCUGGGAAUUUUCGGUCCGGGGCUAACAAGCAUUCCGGAUUGGCUGAUCGCCACAGCUCUUUCGCACAACAGCCCACCCUAUCAAGCUGCCCAGUAUAGCCUACUGGCUGUUUCAUCACUACAUAAAUAUGGCUUGCAGCGACAGGCUGCUCAGUACAAGAUUGCAGCAAUUCAUGCCUUGGGUGAGUCCACAACCAGGACCGACCUAACCUUCUCUGAGGCUUCACUACUUGUAGCCACAUGCAUGCUACUUUGCUCGUUUGAGAUUCACAUAAUAUCGGAAACAACCGGCUCCUGGCUCAUUUACUUGUGUGGUGCUGGGAAAAUUGUCAAGACAAUGAACCUCGAAAGCUAUUCCGAGAGAGGCGAACCGGUAACCGUGGAUCUCCUUGCCUGGGUCCACUACCAUGGUAUCUUAGCAGAGUUCAGCAUAUUUCAUUGGCGUCACGGCGUCAUCGAAUCCCUCUAUGGAAAAGAGUUCGGUCUUGAUAAACCGCUUGAGCUCCCGUGUGACAAGUUACGUCGAGUACGACAGCUCCAUUUCAGCACCGCGCACCCAUCCCACGCAAUACUGUGCUUGCUGGCAGAAGCUUGCUACUCACUUUACGAGUACCAGGAGCUCGUCCUUACUUCAGAAGAAUACUAUUCGAAGCUGAGCGAUUUAAGAAGGCGGACGGAAACUAUGCAUAUCGCAUUGCAGCCAAAGGACGGAUUCUCGGCCGAGGAGAGCCUUGAUCUUACAGAAACAACCUCAUUAUUACAGCUAGCCAUUCUUAUUUUCAUGCAUCGCAUCACUGAAGGCCCCCUCCAGCGGGAUCCCGAUGGACUCACUGUCUGGCAAGACCGAGCAUUUACUAUCAUAAGACGCAUUGAUACAUGCCGGCACCUCUUUCCGCUCUUCAUCAUCGGCAUCGAGGCACUGACAGAUGAAAGGAGAGCAGACUUCCUAAACUUGAUCAAGAGAACAGAGGAGAAAAUAAAUGUUCGAAAUCUUGAUACCUUCCAGGAGACCAUAGUUGGGAUCUGGAAUCAGGAGGAUCUCAGCGCGGAUGAGAGCUGGGGUAUCAGCUACACCCAUAAAAUCAGUGGGGUGAUCAGUUCGAGUAAAUUUCUGCCAAGUCUAGCUUAG